AUGACGGGCUCCGAGACCGCACGCGCGGUGCUGUUUGUGAGCCUCGCCAUCCUGGGCUGUCUCAUCCGCACCUACAUCCGCACCGCCAACGGCGAAAAGGAAGACGAGGUGCAUUUCUGGUCGUCGCGCUUCAGCCAGCUUGCAGAAGCGCAACCCUCGCCCCCGCCAGCCGCUCCCGUCGGCCAGGUGCGCCCGCGCAGCACCACCACCUCAAGCGGCGAGGUGAGCCAGGCGGUGUCGGUGCUGCAUGACCAGCCGCCGCGGUUUGCGCCCUUCCUCGCCGACACGGUCGAGCCGCAGCCGGCCGAGCAGGUGCAGUCGGCACCGGUGGCGUGCCAGGGCACCGAAAUCGACGAGGCGUAUGAGGACUGGGCGGCCAUGCACCAUGCUAGGGGCGCCGUGUCCGAGGAUGCCGAGGCGAGCAUCGACAAGCUGUGGCAGCGCAGGCAGCUGCAAAAGGCCAUGGGAGUGCAUGCGCUCCCGCACCUCGAACCGCUAGGCACGAGCGGAGCCAACACGCCGACCAUCUGGACCUCCCACUUCCCGCCCGCUCAACUUCGUCCCUACUAG